AUGUGGUCAUCAACAGCCUUAGGAAACAAAAGGCUCAAUAAGGCAUACCAAACACGGUAUUCCAACGAGAGAAUAUUCUUGUUUUUCAGCGUCAACGCUUCUGGCCGCUUCUGUGGGAUUGCAGAGAUGGUUUCACCUCUAAUGGAUGCAUCACUGGUAAAGGAUGAAGCUCCCUGGACAGAUAAGAAGAGAUGGCGUGGUGGUUUCAAAGUCCAGUGGUUAUAUGUAAAGGAUAUUUACAAUAACAGCUUGAGACAUUUGAAAGUACCACUGAACGACUUCAAACCGGUGACAAGCUCAAGAGAUACACAGGAACUACCCUUUGAAGUUGGACAGGAGAUGUUGGAGAUCUUCAAAAGGACCAGGUCUCAUACGAGCUUCCUACACAAUUUGGGAGAUGGCUUUUAA